UUUUUAUUAAACUGUACUCUAUUAUAUUCUUCCUUUAUUACCACACCAUGGCAGUCUAAAGUAACCGACACUGCUUGUUUGAUUUUGUACACGAAUCACGAAUAUCACUCUCAUAUAGUUUAUUUGUUUUCACAUAGUUUUCACAUUUACUAUUUGCAUAUCAUAUCACAUAUUACUGUCACCACGACGUAAAUGGUAGCACAACGCGCGCACAACUGUCGACUGCAUUUGUACAUUAUUUACAUCUUGUUGGCCCUAGUGGUCGGGCUGCCUGGGUCAGCAGCCGUAAUCAUAUGUGGUGCUCAGCAGUUUACUAGUUUCACGCUCUACCAGGACCCCUUGGUGCUUGCCAGUGGCCGUUUUGUACCAGCUCAUGUAUCGCUUUUGCCCGGAUGCACACUGGACUUGGAUGACAUGACAGCACGUUUGACACGCAAACCAGCGAUUUUGGAUGCUGCACCCAUGGCUGUUAUUGUGUGGGAGGAGGCGGUUUCCGCGGGCUGCUAUUCGUAUGCCCAAGUUGCGAAGCUGCUAAACCAGGAUGACAUAUCAUCCGUCCGGGGCGUUGUGUUUGGAAGUACGGUUAAUACGGAUCAAUUACCGUUUGGCAGCCCAAUCGUCGAACCACUAUCAGAAUUAUCAUCGGUUAGUACGACUGGCCUACGCCAUUUGACGUUGACUGCUGCAUCCACGGCAAGGACUCUGUCAGCUAUGUCGCGGGCAGGCGCCACCAGCAGCAACCCACAAAAUAUUACAUUCCAGCUAACAGCCGAGACAAACCCGUGGCUGGCCCUGACCAAAACUCCAGAAUACCUUGCACAAAAAUACGCAUUCAUGUGUGUGUCAAUUCUGCUUAUUUUGUAUACCUUCUGGGAAAUUGGACUGACCCUGUGUACCAUGGAUGCUUGGAACCGCCGCAUUUUGAUGUACAUAUUGGCAAUUGCAUACCUAAUUGUCUUUACGCUGCUGCAGCCAUAUGCGACUGGAGAUCGCGCGUCGCAGAUGGUUGUCCUUGUCUCGUGGAUAUUCGGCUAUAUCAGCUUUUCUUUGUUUGUCGUAGCCUGGGGUACUAUGGUCGAGACCAUCCACAACCAAGUAACUGUGCUGCGUCAUCACAGCAAAGUACAUUAUUCUGCUACUGCAGUAGUCUCAUUAUCAAUUCUGCUGAAGCUGCUAGCAUUUGCAGCACAGUCAUACCAACUGGAGGUCGUUGUCAACAUGGUUCUAGCUUUCGAAAUACCUGCUAUUUUUGGUGUCCAAACACUUUUGCUUACAAUACUCAUUUGGUCGUUUCUCAGCCGCACAUUCGGCAUUGCCAUUUCAAAGCACACCAAGGCCGCUGUUCACAAUCUGGCCGUCCUGUGUGUCAUUGCUCUUCUUGGAUGCCUGUGCAUUGUUGCGCUUAGCAUAACUCUGGCAACGCCUGCCAGAUACACCUUACAUGGCUAUAUGGCUGUUGUUGUGUUGUAUGAGCUAGCCAUUUUUGCUGCACUCUGGGUGAGGGACCACGCCCGGCGCACACGCCAUCUGUACAGCCAGUAUGAAUUCUACGUUGAUUCCAAAGUAGAGUUUAUACAGCAUGAUGCACUGAACAGCUUGCAUAUGCCCCGAACCAACAGUCAUGUUGGACUGCUUGAAAACGUCGAGUUGCAUGUCCUGCCUGUUGACAAUUCUGCCUCAAGGGAAUUUACUGCCACAAGAUACUCGUUAACACCCCCAGCAACAAAUUCAAUACCCGCUCUACUCAGUGGACCAAUGGGCACCAUUAGACAGUAUUCUCAGUUUUCAGGUCCGACAUUGUUUUACCUUGGGGUGUUGAUCAUGGCAAGAGUGGGUUCAAUUCUCAGAACAGCCUCACCCUCACUGUCUGCUGAAAUGACGUGA